AAACGCAGCAAAGCAAAGGUCAUGUAAAAUUCACUCAGUAACAGUCAACAGGUACUAGAGAAAGGGUGCACGAUCAAAUCCCAAUUCUUUUUUAAACCGGACCCAUGGGAUAUGGAUGCAGGAUUUAUUUGUAUAAAAACAAAUCUAGGAAACCGCCAUCAAGGACACUUCUGUCACGUUAACAUAGACAGUGGCUGACGGCUGUUGAUUAUCUUCAUCAGUUAAAAUUGCACUCUGUUUGCCAAUAGGAAAAUACUCCGGUCGGUUCCGGUAUGUCAGCUACCGUCCUGUUUAGCGCAGCCGCUCCGCAUUGGCGGAUCAGUUCUGCAGUGCCAACUGCACUCGAUGGCAGUUACGAUAUUUUAAGUACCGCUAAUUUCUGAGACGGUGUAUAAUUUUAUAAAAACUAUACAUCAGCGAAUGACCCACCAAAUCAGGAUCUCUAAACGGAAUUAUGGAUUACUUCUCGCAUGGAAAGAGGAAUACUGAUAACCGCCAGGCCAAUCUGGGCAACACGGUGUUGAUUAAUCGCGGUGACGAUGUGUGGAUGCUGGCGUACAUUCAGGAUAUUGACGGUGAUAACAUAUUUGUGGAUUUUGACUGUGCAGAGCUGGCACCCUGCUGGAUCCAUUCGCAAUAUGUAUGGCAGCAUCACUUCUGCGAACCACAGAUCGAUAAUAUAAGCCUCGUCCACGUUGCUGUGCGUAAGACUUAUAACGGACCAUACAUUCUCCGUCCUGGAUUAUUGUUUGACAGGGUGGCACUGCUCUACGUCGUUCGGAAUAAGGAUACCGGGGAACCCGCACCGCAACAUGUAGUACAUCGGAGGCAAAUUGUUGAGGAACUACCAACUGAGCAGCCGUCGUUGUGGGGACGGCUACACGAAAUACCCAUCAUCAAACUGACUUUUCGAUCGGAACAUAAUCGGUUCAUUCGGAAAAUUAGCGAGUACGAGAUGCUGCGAUUUGUUCAGUUGGUCUUUAGCUCUGCCGGAUACUCGUUAUACGGUUGGGAAUCGCAUCGGUUUUUCGUGAAGCUGGUAGACGAUAGGAUGGUGUGGCUGUUCCUGGGAAUUAAUCAGUGGAGAAUGUAUAAGGAUGGACUAUCGGGACACUGUCCCUUCUCAGCAGAUUGCGAACGGAGACUGGUAACUGCCGCGGAGAAUCUCGUGCGUUAUUACAGUUACACCGAACGUGAAUUGGAAGCGCGCUGGAAUGUCUACAUGCUAGCGGUAGCACAGAAUGGUUUCGGCUUCCCGUCUCCGCAGACUUUAGCUGAGCUUACCGGAACGUGGUUUGCGCCAUGUUCAUGCCGAAACCUUUCAACGGAGUAUACAAAAGCCAGUUAUUGUUGCCGACCUACCUGCGAGCAGGCUGCUCUCCAUCAAACCGUCGACCAAUUCACUAUUUCAGACAAGAUUACGUACAUGCCAGGAAAGGUUGGCAUCACCAUCUUGCCGGAAGUACUUUUGCAGCUCGACUGCCGUUCUCGCGCUCUAGUGAGAAGAGUGUGUUACGUGUGGAAGACAACAAUAGACGCCUCUAACUCGACGUUGGUGAUAGUCGACUUCCAGACCAUACGACAUCAUCCGGCAGGCUUGCCGGAAACCGAGGAAUAUUAUUAUAGCGGCCUCAUUGAUCACAGCGUCAAGCAUUCCACGCGGACGCUGGCGCUGCUAAAUCUAGGGCGACGCGGCGAUGACGUUCACGAUGAGUUGGACGGUAUGGCGGCGCUUUUCCGAUUGAAAAAGAUCGAGUUACCCACAAUCAUCAUCAAAAACUCCGUUGCACCGUCAGAACUAUUUUGUGGUCGUUUUUCCAUGGAACGUAAUUUAUUUCAUCUGCCGAUUCUAGCGCCCUAUUGCCGGCAACUGUUGGUCUGCAACUACAGUAUUUUAGAUAUUUUCUGCAGUUGCCCUCGGGAUUUUCUUGAGCCUUUUGAACCGUGGCAUUCAGAAGAUAUCUCGGUGACACUGUCCUUCAUGCGCUUCCACGACACUAACGGUCUGCAUGACGAAGAUAUUCUGCGUUACUUCAUGGCACUGGUAGAAGAGAAUUUACCUUCCGUGGAGACCAUUAUCGAGAAAAUUCGUCAAAAUUGGAUCGCGAUGGCGGACGUAGUGGCUUAUCCAGAAGGAUGGCAGCAUUUCCGACAAUUCCUGCAGAAACAUGCCUUCGACGGAAAUGUUUUGCGUGACAAUUACUGGGCAACAGCGGAUCUGCGGGACUUCGAAACGUUGCGCCUUAGUCGAUUCCAAACACAUUUGUUAAAUGCAUGCAAGGAAUUGCCAUUUCAUCCAACCGCUUGAAGCGGUCAUUAAGGUCAUCUGGAUUUUUAACUGCGCGGUUUCCCAUCUUGUUUUGUUUUCAACAUUCUAGAUCAUAUUACCUAGAUCACUGAUACAGUGUCGGCGCAAUAUGGGAAACGUAGAUUACUGAC